CGUUUCCGUACAAAAUAACGGGGAAAACUUUACACAAAGCAUCCCCCAUCCUCCAUUCUUGGUGAAUAUACCUGUCUGCCAUCAAGGCAAUUAGGCCCUUUGUACAUCUCCACAAUUUACACAUCAUUCAGGGGUCAGAAAACCAGCUCAAGGGCGUUUAUAUGAGUUGGAUUAUAUUAUCCCAAUGAUCUUUGAGGUUUGACUAAAACAGAAUAAAAGAUACUGGAAAUUAAAAGAUUAUAGAGGGUGUGUUAUCUCUAUAAGAGCUUCCUAAUCUUUCUAAUAACCUUGGAAAUCACUACAAUGCAAAAGUUGUAGAUGUCGCCACUUUCGCCGUAAAAAUGCUUAAACCGCUAUUUAGAGCAAAAGAUUUAAUUUUUGUGCAAAAACGCUUAGCGGGGCACUCGAAAUGGGCCAAUAUCCGACACACGAAGGCGUUAAAAGAUGGCCAAAGGGGGCAAAUGUUCACGAAAUUCGCGAGGCAAAUAAAAGUUGCAAUUCAAGAAGGAGGAUCCCCCGAUCCGGUUAAAAAUUUGAAGUUAGAACAAGUCCUCGAACAAGCUAAAAGGAAUAAUAUGCCAAUUGGAACGAUUCAAGGUGUUAUUAAGAGUACACAAAUUAAUAAGGAGAUGUGCAAAAAGUAUUUGUUGGAGAUUAAGGGUCCAGGAAGUAGUGUUUUUCUUUGUGAAGUCUUCACAGGAAAUUUAACCCAAACUCGAUCGUUGCUUGCUUCGAUAUUAAAAAAGCAUUCAUCUAAAUACGUCGAAAAUAGCGUAAAACACAUGUUUGUGGAGAAAGGAAUUAUUGAGUGUUAUCUUGAUGAUUACAAAGAUAAAGACAUCUUAGAAAAAGCCAUGGAAGAUGCAAUCGAGUUUGGUGCUGAAGAUGUGAAAGUCUUAGAUGACAAUUUAAUUCAAUUUCUUUGUACAUCUCAAAAUUUGAAGAUAGUUCAAACGAAAUUAGAAACGGCGAAAUAUAAAAUAACCAGUGCGAGUGUUGAAUAUAUUCCAAAUCAAUUGCAAAUUUUGAAUGAAAAGGAUUUAGAAAUAUGUUCAAAUUUAUGUGAGAAAUUAGAGAAUCAAAGUGAAGUUAUUGAAAUUUAUGAUAAUAUAGGAAAUUGAGUUGAUAUAAAAGAAAUUAAUAAAUUUAAAUAUGAAGGGUAGAAGUAGAAUCCUUUCCUUUCUUAAUUUUAAUAAAUACAGCUUUCAGGAAUU